UUUAUAAGAUGAGGUCAUGUUCUCCGUUUGUUGGUUGUACAUUCAGUAACAUGUCUAUACAACUGUAGACGUCGGUCAGCUGGCAAUAUAAAAUGGAUGUAGAUUUCAGAACAUGCGCAACUCUCCGUAAUAACUGUGUAUGCGAAAAUGUUACCUAAAAUAAUUGGGUUUGUUUUCUUAAUUGGAUAUACAAAAGCUAUUACGGAACUGGCAUGCGAGGGAGAUUCCCUGCAGUUAUCCUGCCCUCGGGGCCAGUCCAUCAAUGUGACGUACGCAAACUACGGUAGAACCAGAGGGUACCCGUGUCCGGCUCCUGGACUCCAGGACACCAGCUGUUACUCCAGAUUUUCCCUCCAAACGGUACGAGAAAACUGUCAGGACCAAAACCAAUGCAGUGUCUCCGCCUCCGAUUACAUAUUUGGAGAUCCGUGCCCCAAUACCUAUAAAUAUCUGGAGGUGACUUACCAAUGUGAACUACCACAAAGUCAAGGUACCCGCUUCCAUGUCUGUGAGGGGGGCACUCUGUAUCUCUACUGUCCACGAGAUGCCGUCUUAGUGGUGUUUUCCGCUAAUUACGGACGGCGGGACUCCACUACCUGUCCGGCUCCAGGACCACAAAAUACAAUCUGUGUAUCGCCGAAUUCAGUGUCCCGCGUCAGGAGUUACUGCGAGGGCCGACAACGCUGUCAACUAGAGGCCACGAACGCCAUGUUCGAUGACUUUUGUCCGGGGACGUAUAAAUACCUGGAGGUGUACGUGGGAUGCACGUAUUACAGACAAUGAAACGGACAUAAGUCUAUACUUGUGUGAUCAGGCAAUAUAAAGCAAAUGUACAGAAAUACGCGGUCGUUUUCAUGUGUACACAAACGUUUAAAUGUUGCUUUUAAACAAAUGAAUAAAUUCUUACAAUUUUGAAAUAAAAGGACAUAAAUACCAA